AUCUUGAUGACUAUUUAACUCUCGCGAAUUUUAGAGCGAGACUGCACACGAGACAUCCGGUUUUGGAUUUUAGCAUUUUCAGAAUUUAUUCACUUUAUAUGAAGAUAAGUGACCAAUUACGCCAUCCAGUGCCCGAAUAAGUGACAAUGCCUAAAAGGCGCAGGGCAUCCGUGACGUCUGAAAAGAGUGAAGCAUCUGAAGUGUCUCCUGUAGUCCAGAAGAGAAGAAAGCAAUCAGCACAUACGGAUCCUGUUGAAAUAUGCCAGGAGCUUUACGACUAUGUUCGUAAUUACAAAACUGAAGAUGGCCAUCUCCUUUGCGAGGCUUUUGUAAGGGUCCCUAAAAGAAGGACCGCACCAGAGUAUAACAACAUUGUAUCUCAGCCUAUUGAUCUACUUAAGAUACAACAAAAACUGAAAACUGAUGAAUAUGAGGAUGUCGAUGCAUUUACAGAUGACAUCUUACUCAUGAUUAGAAAUGCAAAGGUGUAUUACAAAAAAAACUCACCAGAGUAUAAAGAUGCUGUUGAGUUGUGGGAUCUGUAUGUGCAAAUGCGUGAUGAGCUGAUGGAUGACCCCUUUGAUGAUGGUACGGAAGGAGAACCUGAGGUGGGCCACAGAGGUCGUAAAUCUCAGUCGGUUGAUAGAGAUCAUGAAGAAGAAUCCAAGGGUAGUGAACCAUCUAGCCGAGCAAGUAGCGUAACACGUGGUGGCAGCGUGCCUAGGUCUGGCAGUGUGCCAAGAACUGCUCAAACACCUGGGACUAUUGAUGAAGACAUUGAAAACAAACUAGAGUUGUUAUUUGCCGCUGUUAUAACUGCUAAAGAGGGUGACAGAGAGAUCAGCGAAGUUUUUCAGCUUCUACCUUCUAAAACUAAGUUUGCAGAGUACUAUGAAUCUAUCACAGAGCCCAUAGAUUUGAAACAGAUUGCCAUGAAGAUACAAGAUGGAUCAUACACAUCUCUACAUGACAUGGAGAAAGAUUUACUUCUUAUGGUGAAGAAUGCAAAAUAUUUUAAUGAACCCGGAUCCCAAAUAUACAAGGACGCUGUUACAUUGAGGAAAUUGAUAACAGCAAAGAGAAUUGAGCUUGAGAACAUGAAGCACAACCCUCACAAGACCAGUGAAAGAAUAAGGUCAAAGAGGCAUGCAGCUACUCACAAGCUAUCUUCAGUUUGUGCUGCACUAUCCUAUGGGUCUGAGGAUGAGACAGAGCUUGAACAGAGUGACUACAACAGUGCACAUGAUACAACAAGCCAGAUAGACUAUGAUGAUGACUCUGGAACAGAAGGGUCAACGAUGACAAUGGAUACAGAUGAGAACAUUUACUGGGCUCUGUACAACACUGUACAUAAUCACAAAAACUCACUCGGACAGAUUCUCUCUGAUCCAUUCCUGAAACUCCCAAGUAGAAGAUUUUAUCCAACAUACUAUGAGGAGAUUGCAGAGCCAUUGUCUCUGUUGCAGAUCAGGAGAAAAGUUAAGCACAACAAAUACACGAGCAUUAGUGUGUUGGCUCAGGAUCUGAACUUGGUCUUUGAAAAUGCAAAGAAGUACAAUGACAGUGACAGUAGGCUGUAUAAGGAUGCAGUUCGCCUUCAGAAUGCCAUGCGGGCGAAGUACCAGGAGUUGGAAAAGUAUGAGUCGCGUCAGUUAGCCCAGUUCACUCAGAAAGAGCAAGAGGAACCUCCGCAGGAAUUUGCAACCCCAAAGCCUCGAAGUAAACCUCCCGGUAAGAAAGCCGUGUCCAGUGUGGAGGGUACCCCAGAGAGGGGGGCUGUGAGCACUGGGAGGAAGAAGCCUGGACGUAAACCUCUUCCCCCAGAGGAGGCCCUGAAGAAGAGGCUCUCGGUGAUCUACAAUACAGUGAAUGAUCAUGAGGUUGAUGGGAGGCGUCUCAUUGAAAUCUUCACCUACUUACCAUCUAAGGACGUGUACCCGGACUAUUAUGACAUCAUCAAGGAUCCUAUUGACAUGAACACAAUACGUCAAAAGGUGGAGAAUAAAGUGUAUUUAACUGAGUUCCAGUUGUUGGCUGACUUAAACCUUAUGUUCAGUAAUGCACAGAAAUAUAAUGAAGAAGGGUCACAGGUAUGGAAUGACUCUAAGGCACUUCAUCGUGCCCUGAUGAACAAGAAGCGCAAUCUAACACCACUUGGGUAUACUCCCCCUAGACCAGGCCACAGCCCAUCACAGGCAAACAAAGGUGUGAAGGCCAGGGCAGAAAGUACAUUGACUCAGAAGUUACAAGAUCUAUACAACACAAUUAAAGACCAUGCAGACAAGGACAGAAUUCUUUCAACUCUCUUCUUAAGGCUGCCAACUAAACAGGAGUAUCCAAACUACUAUGACAUCAUAAAGAAGCCUAUUGACAUGAGUCGCAUUCAGCAAAGGAUUUUGUGUAAACAUUACGACAACAUUGAUGACCUUGCGGCUGAUUUUGCUCAGAUGUUUGACAAUGCUUGCAAGUUCAAUGAGCCAAACUCAAUGGUAUAUAAGGAUGCAUUGACACUACAACGUGUGAUGCUGGAGAAAAAGGCGGAGCUCCUCCAAGAUGAUGACUCUAGUGAGGUACCGGACACACGAGCCUUCAUCCAGGACUUUCUCACCAAUCUGUUCGUCUCGACUUACAACCACCAGGAUGAAGAGGGACGUUCUUUCAGCGACUCUUUUGCAGAAAUACCUAAACAAACAGCAGAUGGCUUGGAAAUAAAGCCAGUCCCAUCAUUUGAGAGAUUGAAGAAGAAUCUCGAUAAAGGCUGCUAUAGACGUGUGGAUAAGUUCCAGGAAGACAUGUUUGAAGUGUUUGAGCAUGCUCGUAGGUGCAGUCGUACUGAUUCUCAGCUCUAUGAAGACUCUGUGGACCUUCAACAGUACUUCAUGAAAAUCAGAGAUGAACUCUGCAAAAAUGGUGAGACUUUGUUGACGCCUGCACUAAGUUACACAGAGCGCCAUCUACAGCUUGCUCUUGAAAAGGAGAAAGAAGAAAAGCUGCCACUUGAGAUGAAAGAGGAUGAAGAAAAGAAAUUGGCCGAUGAAAAAAGCCAGCAAAAUGGUGAAAACAAGAUACAUUCAAUGUUAAUGAAUGGUGAUAGCCAGGUUGAAAGUGUGAGCCACAAAGAUCAAAGUUACAAUGUGGGAGAUUAUGUCUAUAUAGAACCGAGGGAAAAAGGUCUAGAACCUCACAUAGUGCUCAUAGAGAAGUUAUGGCGAGACAACAAUGGCGAACCCUGGUUGCAUGGAAUCUGGUUCUACAGGCCUAGUGAGACAUUCCAUGUUGCGACUCGCAAGUUCUUGCAAAAGGAGGUGUUCAAGAGUGACUUCACAGACAGCGUGGCCUUCAACAAGGUCAUCAGCAAAUGUUAUGUCAUGUUUGUGAAGGAUUACUUUAAGAUGAAACCAAUGGGCUUUGAGGAGCAAGAUGUUUGGAUCUGUGAAUCUCGUUAUACAGCCAGAACAAAAUCUUUCAAGAAGAUCAAGUUAUGGCCUAAGAGUGAUAAUGUGACAAUGGUAGAUAGGAUGGUACCUAUAGUUGCUGUGCGUGUGGCAUCAAUAUUUGCCGACAAGACCCCUCAGAAGGUCGAAGAGGAAGAAGAUAAUCUCACAGAGUUUGCAAUCUUAGAUAGGAAGAGAGAGAAUGUGCCUGUGAAUGUGCCAGAUGGUGAAGAAGGUUGCACUUACUAUGAACAGUACCUUAUAGCAGCUGGUUGUAUGAAACUGGGUGACUUUGUAUAUGUGAAGUCAUAUGAGAGUCGUCCCUACAUUGCCAGAAUAGACAGAAUGUGGCUCGACAAAAGCAACGAGCCUCAUUUCCGUGGCCCCUGGUACAUUCGCCCCAGUGAGGUCGAGCAUGAACCAACAAGACUCUUCUACCGCAGGGAACUCUUCAAAAGCUCUGUGGAGGAUACUAAUCCCAUGUCAAGUAUUAUGGGUAAAUGUCUUGUGCUCUCUUACAAGGAUUAUUGCUCCAAGAGAUUAACUGAAAUCCCAGAGAGUGAUGUAUACAUCUGUGAAUCAAAGUACAUUGAAGCUGAGAAAAUCAUUAGAAAACACACCAAGGGAGCAGGCAUGAAAAAGUAUAAUGCAUCAAAACAGGUGAUCGAUGAUGAGGUCUUGUUCUUCAAGAAACACAUCGUACCAAAGAAGGAGUCCUCCCCUCUCCUGGCUCAGGCCCAGACUGCUGGCUCUGAGUUCAGUGCCAACAUGAAUGACGAUUCUAUGGACAUGUCUAUGAUGUCUGUGGACUCCACCUACCAACAAUCUGACUCGCAGUCAGCCUACUCCCAGGAUGCUCAGUAUAACGCUUCCUUUUCCGGUCCUAACUUCCCCCAAGCCAAUUUCCAGAAUCAGGCUCUACCCACUUCUUACCAAGCUCAGACUUACCCAACACAACAGAGCGGAUACCCCACAGAUCAGGCAGCCUAUCCACAACAAGGUCAGGUGUAUCAGCAGGGGCAGACCUACCAGCAAAACCAGAACUACCAGCAAAAUCAGAACUAUCAGCAACACCAGAACUAUCAACAACAGCCAAACCAAAAUUACCAAGAUCCUAACCAAUCCUAUCAGCAAAAUUUUGGAAAUCAAAGUUUUGGAAAUCAGAGUUUCAAUCAAAGUUUCAAUGAUAGUGGCUAUAUGUACAGUAAUAAUACUAACCCAAUGCCCCCACCUGCUGAGGAGCCACCAGCACCUGUGGAGAAACCUGCGCCAAAGAAGUCACGUCGUAAAGGUCUCAUCAGUGGUUACUUAUGUUUCGCUGCGGAGUUACGCAAGUUUCAUACUGCCAAACAAGACACUGAUAUGUCGUUUGGUGAAAUGAGUAAAUAUAUAGGGGAGAAGCGCGGCCGUAAGAAAGGGCAUGGCCCAAGUGGAUAUCUUAUAUUUUCUGGUGAAUCAAGACAGGGUAUUCGGGAAAGCGACCCAAAUCUCUCUUUUGGCGAUAUUAGCAAAUUGAUUGGAGAGCAGUGGCGUGGCUUAGAGAAAUCAGAAAAGGAACGUUAUGAGGAGCGUGCAAAGAAAAUCUGCGAAGAGCAAGCCCAGAAAGAGGCUGCAAAGGCUGAGGCAGAAAAAGCGCUUCAAGAAUCCAUUAAAGAAAAUCAGCCAUACUCCCCGGCAUCAGAUGUAGGACGUAGCCAAUCACCUGCAUCUUCAGGAGUAGGUGUCCAUGGCAACUUCCAACAACAGCCACCACAGCAACAGUUUCAGCAACAGUAUCAUACUGGAAAUACCACUCAGCAGCAAAUGCCUGUUCAAACACAGCAAGGUGCAAUGGUCAUGUCUCCCAUGCAGGGUGCCUACCCCCCAUCUUAUGUAAUGCCACCCCCUGGGGUCGCUCAAAUGCCACCCCCUAUGCCAAUGGGGGUGACUCAGACCCGCAUGCCUAAUAUGGGAACCAGUCAAACUAACCAGUCUAGCCCUCAACAUGCAUGUGUUCCCAUGGCAACCAAUCCACACCAAACCUCUCAUUUAGAGCAAGGUGCAGUGCAGGUGACCCAGCAGCCAAUGAUGCCCCCACCCAGACCCCCCUCCCCUAUGUUUACCUCUGUUCCCCCACGCACUCAGAGGGUGCUUCACUCUGAGGCUUACUUAAGGUAUAUUGAAGGUCUCACACCUGAGAAAAGGUCUGUUGGCAACUGGGAGAAACAACUCUCCGCUACUCCAGAGAAUACACCUGUUAGCAAGAACUCUAGAAUGCCAGUUCAUUGGCUAGGAGAUGGAGUUGGUCCCCAUGGCAACUCUGCUAAUGCAUUGUGGGCAUUGCGCGAUAUGAUGAUGAAAGAUGCAUUGAAUAUUCACCGGACUCUUGAGUUCGAUCAACUAUAGACCAAUGCAGCUGUAGACAGCUGUGUACCUUAACAUCUGUAGGCUUUAACAGCAGUACACCAUAACAGUAUAUGAACUGUAAAAGCUGAAAAGCUAUGGCCCAUAACAUAUUUAUCGUUAUAGACUAUUCUAGCCAUGGGCCAUGACAGUUACUGGGUUAUAGCUAGGAGCCUACUAUAAAUAUUGCAUUAAUAUGAUCUCAACAUUAAGAUCUUGAAUUCUGCGGAACCUGUGUAUGAUAUUUAGGGAUGGUUGGUGGAAGAUAUUUCUUGAAUGAGACUAUGAAUGGUACAAGUUCUUGUAUUAGGUUUUAUAUUCUGAAAUCUAGUUUGAUACUUGGUUAUCAAAUGGUAAAUUGUGUUUAGCUAAAUCUUGCAUUUUUGCUACCAUAUUGAUACCAAUAAAGGAUGUACUGGAAUAAAAUGAAGCAUUCCCAACUUGAAAUAAGUUAACCAUAUGGGUGGUAUCUGACCAUUAUUUAUAACCAAGUGUGUUUUAUGGGUUGUGGAAUAUACUAUAUAUUGGUAGCAUGUUGGUUUUGAGGUUGGCUCCAAAACUAUUAUUCUAUGUAAAUUGCUUAGCUGUUGUACAAAAGGUACAAGGUGACACAAAAAAUGUAACCUAAUGAAUGAAAACAGUCACCAUUUCUGUUGACAUACUUCAGUCUAUAUAUCUGGCUAGACUGGCAGGUCUUAACUUGUAAAGCUGAUAUAUUAACACUCAUUUAAAAGCAUACAUUGGACUCUUAUCUAUUGCGCCUUUCGAAUACCUGCAGUCAGUUAACAGAAUUAGAACCAUGUAUAAAAUCUGCAUUAUUGGCUUGGGGUAUCAUUAGAGAAACCUUAUUAAGGCUGUAAGGGAGAUGUGUAUGGAAGAAAUCUAGAAAUGAGUUUAUUUUCCGAUGAAUUAACGUCUUUAGAAUUGUGCCCUAAGUAUCAAAACUUGCUUUUUUGAUGGACAUGAUGUGAGAGUAUGUUUUUGCAAAAUUGAAUUGCAUCUCAAAAUUUCAUAUCAGCUAAAAAACUAAAACUAAGUGUAUCAUGGUUCAUACAUCAAAGAAUCUUGUCGAGAUAAAAAAUAAGAAGAUUCUUGAUUGAGUUAUUUUGAAAUGAGUAGAUUUUAUUUUUUGGGUCACCCUGCACAUACAUUUUGUAAGUUGCUAGGUGUUUGUAAGUUGCUAGGUGUAUGUUUAUACAGAUAUUAAUAGUAAUUAUAGAUGUCUAAAAUGUUGUUCAAUUU